AUGAGUUCGAACGAGUCUAUUUCAUCCAGAGAUAAUCGCCGUCACCACAAAAAGCACUCAUCGGGGAAAAAUAAGAGGUUAAAAAAGGAGUCAAAAAGAUCGAAGCGUGGUCGUCGUUCACGCAGAAGUACAUCGUCAUCAAGUGAUUCACGAAGACAAUCGUCAAGCGUAGAACGUCACCAGCGAGGUACGUCGCACAAACAAAAAAUUCGCGACCGAGAGAAACGCGAAUCGGAUCGAGAAUCCAGAUAUGCCGGAGGCUUAGAUCAUGAACGUUACCUGCGAGGAACGUCUUGGUCAAGCACGAGUGCAAAUGGAGACGUAGAGCGUAGUCGGAGAGGCACGUCUCGUUCUCCGAGAAGCCGCUCCAGGUCGAGAAGCAGUCCACGAAGUCCCGGAAAACAAGAUGGCGCUCCAAAUCGAACAGGUGACAAAACACCUCCCUUGGUAACAAGCGAUAACGAGCUUCUGAAAUUGCUGGGAAACGACGCUGACGAUGAAAACAAACUCAGCGCUCCCAUACACGAUUCGAUCGCCACUCUAUGGACAAAACUCUUAGAAUCUGGUCUGUCAAAAGACACAAAACGUGAUUUAAUAAAAAAACACCAGCCACCGGAAAAUUGCCCCACCAUGAGUGCACCUAUACUCAAUCCCGAGUUGAAAUCAAAUAUGACCCCGUCAGCCAUAAAAAAAGAUGAAUACCAAGUGGCUUCUCAAAAACAAUUGGGAGCAGCUAUCAGUGCAACGGGUGGUGUACUCACGACUAUUCUAAACAACAAAAAAUCUGGUAAACAAAUGGAAGCUAAGGAUUUUGCUGAAAUGUUUGAGACAAUGAGUGAUGUGGGCAGAAUUCUCAUCGACCUUCAACACAACCUGUCUUUAACUCGACGAUCAUUUAUUACUCCGUCAUUUAGUUUACGUUUAAAAACCAUCGCCGACGAAACACCCGUAGACACCUUUCUAUUCGGAGCAAAUUUGGCUGAGAAGUUGAAAUCGGCCAAGGAAGUGGAGAAGUCGAGCAAAGACAUUUCGAGACCUGGUUCGUCGAAAGAAACAUCGAGCAAAUACACGAAGUCAUCAGCGCCAAACAUGCCUAAACAUCAUUUAAACUGGAGGGGCCCCCCCAAGAGGAACUACUCGCGCACGAUGAACUGCAUCAAAGGUUAUAAAAUACCAUUUGAUAGCGAACCGUGGCAGUUAACUGCACCUAGUACACCAAAAUUGACAUCAGAGGAGGAAUUUAAUACCUCAAAAGCCAUAUCGGACCUUGAAAAAAUAGAUGCCGUAUGGCGAUGCAAACCAUGUGAUAAUCAAUUCCUCUCACCCUUCUUCCUGAGACAGAAAUCCAGCGGUGAUAAUCGUUUCAUACUCAAUUUAAAAUCCCUGAACAAAUUUAUAACCACGUCACAUUUUAAAAUUGAGGAUAUGAAAACUGCUCUGCGUCUCGUAUAUAGGAAUUGCCAUAUGGCAGUUUUAGAUCUCAAAGACGCAUAUCUCAUGGUCCCUGUCUCUAAAAAUCACAGAAAAUUUCUACGCUUUUCUUUUCUAGGUAUAAUCUACGAAUUUAAAUGCCUGCCAUUUGGUCUUUGCACAGCGCCGUUCACAUUCACAAAGCUGCUCAAGCCUGUCAUCCAAACGCUGAGAAGUCGAGGAAUAAUUCUAGUUGUGUAUCUCGACGAUAUACUCAUAAUCGCCAGCUCCAAGGACGAAUGCAACACACACGUUUCAAUCGUCCAAGAACUCCUUGAAUCCUUGGGCUUCAUAAUCAGCGAAAACAAAAGCCAGGUUAAACCUGCACAACGAUGCACCUUUUUAGGGUUCAUUAUCGAUAGUUCGAAAUUUCGAAUCGAACUGACUGAUAAAAAACGAAACUCCAUUUCUCAACUAGUUGCAAGGUUUCUUGCAACUGACGAUUGUACGAUCGAAAAACUAGCGCAACUUAAUGGCACGCUGGUCGCUGCAUGCCCUGCCAUAAGAUAUGGUUGGUUGCACACUAAAAGGUUGGAGCGCGAAAAAUACCUAGCUUUGAAAAGUUCUGGGAACAAUUACAAAGCUCAUACUACGCUUUCCAAGCUUGCACAAUCAGAUCUAAAAUGGUGGUCAGCGAAAAUCAUAGACUCGUACAAUCCAAUAAGAGAAAUGAAGUUCAAGAAAGAGAUUUUCACAGAUGCAUCGUUGACUGGUUGGGGAGCAUACAGUGAAGGUGAACGAGCAUCUGGCCCUUGGAAUCAAAAUGAAUCCAAACUGCACAUCAAUCAGCUGGAACUCAUUGCAGCUCAUUUGGGCCUAAAGUGUUUUGCCAAGAGAGACCUUGCGUGUGAGAUCCUACUCCGAAUGGAUAACACAACAGCCAUCGCUUACGUGAAUAGAAUGGGGGGGAUUCAGUAUCCGACAUUAACUCAGAUUUCCAGAGACAUCUGGAACUGGUGUGAAGAACGAGAACUGUGGGUCUACGCCUCUUAUAUACCCUCAAAGGAAAAUAAAGAGGCGGACGAAGGAUCUCGACUUCUUCCACCAGAGACAGAAUGGGAGCUGUCACCCUGGGCUUUCUCAAAGAUCAAAAGAAAUUUCGGGAACUUUGAUCUUGAUCUCUUUGCUUCAAGGGCAAAUACUAAGUGUGAUGUCUACAUUUCUUGGCACAGAGAUCCAGACUCUGCGACUAUAGAUGCGUUCACUGUUGAUUGGGGAAGCUAUUUUUUCUAUGCGUUUCCUCCGUUUUGUGUAUUACUACGAAUCGACUCACCCUCUACACCAGAAUCUUUCCCUGGUAGUAGCUCUACUAUCAGGCAGGCGUUCAUCGUGAGAGGAGCUACCGAAGAAGCAGCUGACGUAAUGAUCCAGUCAAUCACCGAGAGCACGUUGAAACGGUACGCUAAACCGAUUAGACUGUGGUGGGAAUUUUGCCAAAAAGAGAACAUCGAAUUAUUCAAAUAUUCAACUGCCAAUGUAAUGAAAUUCUUCACUGAAGUCCUGAAGGAAUGCAAGUCUUUCAGCGCUGCAAAUAUUUACAGAGCAGCAAUAUCACUCAUAAUGGGCAACGAGCUAGGCAAGGACCCGCAUAUCUCGAGAUAUUUCAAAGGAAUUUCAAAUUCGAAACCGCAGAACUACAAGUACGAUAUAACAUGGGACCCAAAACCAGUUUUAGACCAUCUCUCAUCACAAUAUCCGAAUAAUCAGCUAACGCUUGAAGCACUAACCAAGAAACUGGCAACUUUACUGGCUUUAAUCACUGCGCAACGCAUACAGACGUUGUCCGCAGUCCAGCUGGAGAACAUUGAUAUCAGUAAAGAACCCAUUCGAAUUAAAAUAACUGAGAGGAUCAAAACAUCGGGUAGAAAUAAAAUUCAGCCGCAUCUAGAGAUUCCCACAUUUUCUGGCCAACCGCAACUUUGUGCAGCGUCAGUACUUCGUGCCUAUAUCCGAAAAACAAGAAGGCUAAGGUCAGGAGACCCAACGAAGGGAUAUUUGUUUCUUAGUUAUAAAAAACCACACAAUGCUGCCUCGUCGCAAACCGUGAGCCGUUGGAUACGAGACACUCUUGAGGAAACUGGUGUGGACACCACUAUUUUCUCAGCUCACAGCACCAGGCACGCUGCAACAUCAGCAGCAGCGCGCAAGGGAACGAACAUAGAAAUCAUCCGUCGUGCGGCGGGAUGGACAUCAUCAUCGUCUACAUUCGCAAGAUUCUAUAAUCGACCCCUAGCCGAAUCAUCCACUUUUGCAGCAGCGAUCUUAAAUUAA